AUGUCGACACAGGAUCUUCAACAGGCAUACUCCUCGCAGAUACGACUGUCGGGAUACGAAGAGGCUGAACGGCGUUGCCAGAAUGCGAUUGGCUUGAGCCCUGCGGACCAUUGUUUAGACAUUGGCUCUGGUUCUCAACUCUCCGAAUAUGUCAACCCCUACGAGGUUGAAUAUGGAUUAAAUCCCACCAUUUGGCCCAAGUGGCCACCUGCACCGGAACAUACGUACUCCUCUACGACUGGACCAGAAAACUCGCCAGCGCAAUGCAAUACAACUUCUUGUAGCGACUCCUCCUUCACCCCCUCCAACCUCUCAGCUUCGCCCCCGUCGACUGCAUUACCAGCAAUCUUUGGCACAAAGUUGAAUGAGGCCGAAAUGUCUUCGACUGAGAACGGAAGCUUUUCCAUAGCCGAUCAUCCCUCGACUUGCAGAGCGGCAAUAACGAGCCAGCUUCCUGUUGGUGCGUCUUCGUCGUUCCAGGGAUAUGAGAAGCAGUGCUCGCCACUUCGCUGUUCUGAAUGCGAAGAGGUCUUCACUAUGCCGUUUCUCCUCAGGUGGGCCCCCGACUGCCUAGAAAGGUUUUGUGUUGAAUCUCUGACGCAGACCAUAGAAAACAUUUCAACCGGAUUCACAAUCGACGAUACCGCUGCUCGUUCGCUGGGUGCACGCAAAAGGCCUUUGGCCUACAGGCGGACCUCACUAGGCAUGAAAAAAACCGUCAUCGGCAACUUCUACCGCUCAAAUGCCCAGUCGCGGAUUGUCAGAAGACGUUCUCUCGGGAAGAUAACCUAAAGCGCCACAUUAGAGUUAAGCACCCAUCGAGCCCUCCUAAUGGUUGCUUAUCGAAUCAUCUGUGACGAUUGGACCAAUUCUACCCCCGUCCGCAAUACCUCGUCAACAAUGUCUUAUAAAUCGUCGACGUUCGACGUUUUUCCAUCUCCACGCCCACCAUACUCGCCACAAGAAGUUUACGAAGUAACUGAAGAUAACUGAGUACGUCUUUUCCGAACAGGAAGAUAAAAGAACCCGAUAUAGCAAGUCGAAGGCUUUACAUCUCAUAAAACCCAAUGUCCAGGAAUCACCAUCAACUCUCUUUAAGUUUCUUGUUCUGUUAACCCGACAUCGAUAGGGUAUAGCGGUGGUGUUCUAGGUUCUCAAAUGCACUGGGAUCGACUCAGGUUGCAGCACUACAACCUAGGAUCAACAACUCAUAUGCUAGAAGGCUACUCCGAACAUCAGCUGUAGAGAACACAGCUGAGAUCUCAGCUGUGG